AUUACAUUUAUAUGCUUAUACUUUGAGGAAGCUUCGUGGAAGUUGCAAUGGCUACUGCUAGCACACUCCCAUUUAACCCCUCUACCUUCCUCCCUCUUUCCAUCCAAACCCCAUUUCUUCUUCUUCUUCCUUUCUUUCUCUCUCCACUUCCUCUCUCUUCCAAUCCUUCUCAUUAUGAAGCUCCCCAAAUCCCUCAAGCUCAGCCCGAAACGCCUUUUUGGGUCCAAAAAGAACCGCCCCGACUUGUCCCGCCAUGACCCACUUUCAUUCGGAUCCUCCACCUCGUCUUCCUCGAGUUCCGACUCGUCCGCGUCACUUAAAAAGCCCGGUUCCGGGACCGAAUUCGCAAAUAUCGGGACACCCAAAAGCGUUUUACCCCAAGUAUCGGGCGACUGGGGCGAGAUUUCGGCCGAAAAGCAGUUGGAACUCGUUCAGGCGUUUAAGCUCAUGGACCGAGACAACGACGGCAUGGUUUCCCGAAAAGAACUCGAGGCUCUUCUGAGUCGACUCGGGGCCGAGCCCUUGAGUCAAGAAGAGGUGACCAUGAUGUUGAGCGACGUGGACGGCGAGGGACACGGCUGCAUCAGCGUCGACGCGUUGCUGACCCGUGUCGGAUCCGAGUGCGGGCCCGCUGGCGACACGGAGCUCCGCGAGACUUUCGAUUUCUUCGACACGGAUCACGACGGAAAAAUAACGGCAGAGGAACUGUUAUCGGUCUUUCAAACGAUUGGUGACGAGCGUUGCACGUUAGAGGAUUGCCGGAGAAUGAUUGACGGCGUUGAUAAGAACGGAGAUGGGUUCGUGUGCUUCGAGGACUUCUCGCGUAUGAUGGAGCUGCAGAGAUGAAUAAUAAAUUUAACGGUUGAUCUUGUUGAUGAUGUGGCUCUUGAUGUUGGAAAAAAAAAAAA